AUGGCACAUGCUCGUAUCUCAGCCAACCUCCCCCCUGAUACAGAUCCCACAAAAGCUCCUAUUGCAUUUGGAAGGAGGGCCCUUCCUAAACUGAAUGAGGAGUUACAGUCUCCUGAGCUGCUGACUCAGCAGCGGGCAUUGAUGGCGCUCUGCGAUCUGGUCCAUGACCCAGAAAAUGUCUACCAGGCAAUAGAACUAGGAUUCUUGGAUAACCUGAAGAAUUUGCUGCUACAUCAUGACAGUACUGUCCGACAAAAAACAACACAAAUCCUCUAUAUAAUGGCUGUGCAUAAUGUUGGCAGGCAAGGGUUGAUCCAAAAUGGAGUAAUUUCUGCCCUCACUGAGCUCUUGGAUGAUCCAGUAGAUAUCUGUCGGAAGAACACACAUCAGAUUUUUGAAAUGAUGGCAAAAUUACCUGAAGGGGCUGUUGGCAUACUGCAUGCCGGUUUGAUUCCCUUACUUGUAUUCAAAUUGAAGACUGAGUCGGAUGGAAUCCAGGAGCUAAUCCUAGAUACACUCUCCAACUGCUUGCGUGUGGAGGCUUCUGAAGCUCUAGCAACUGGUGCCAUUACUGUCCUGAAGGAAAAGCUCACACACUCAUCAGUGGCCAUCAGAAGCAAAGCAGCUUGGGUCCUGUUAGAGAUUGGUACUCAUCCAGAGGGAAAAAGCGUGGUAUGUGAAGAAGUUAUUCCCGUGCUGGUGAGCCUGUUGGAAGAUACAGAUCCUGAAGUCCAAGCUAGCGCAACAGGAGCACUGAUGUUUGCUACUGUUAAACCUCAGGGGAGAUUCUCAGCCCUACGUGCUGAAGCCAUUCCACCUUUACUGAAGUUGGCUGCUGAGGAAACCAGCAAAGCCCGUCUGAGUGCAAUCAAAACCCUCACCAUGCUGGCUGAGCUACCAGAGGGCCGCAAGACACUCCUUGAACAUACAGAUACAUUUCAGCAGUGUCUGAAUGAUCCCUGUGAGGCAGUGAAAAGAGCUGCCAAAAUUGCUAUCAGUGUCAUCAAAUGGAAACCUUUCUGA